AGAGGGAACUCAGGGGCAUGGAAGUGUAGGAAGUUUUCUUCCACAACAGGUGGGUCAGGAUGAAAGUGACGAACCUCCUCAGGGACAACAGGUUCAGGAACCGGAACCCGCUCUCGAUGACUUGACCAGAAGAAUGCGUCGACUUGGACUGGACGAUGCUGCUCCUGAGCGUGGUGCUUUGUCUCCUGAAGGGUUUGGAUUACUACCCGCGCUCAUGUUCUUGGAUCAGAAUCAGGCUCCUCCUCAUGAUCCUGUUUUCC